CCGGACCGGCUGUUCCAUUAGCCGCCGUGCCGCGUGUGUUCGCGUAUGUGUGUGCGGUUCGCGGAAUUUACGACCGUGUGUGUGUGUGUGUGUGCGUACGAGGCUCGUGAAGAACAGGACGACUCAGUACAGACGCAAUGUCGACGCCACUCGAUCGGUCAAACACAUGGAAAAAGACAAUUUUGCUACGAUGUCAACGAUAUUUUAUCGGUUUAUUUUGUUUUAGUGAAUUUUUCUUUUUUUUUUCUAGUCACCGAGUGUGUUACGGACGGGCGAAGGUUUCAUCAAUCGUGUUACAUUAAGCGUGUCGGUCGGUGGGACUUUCGUUCGUUUGGAUCGCUCUCGUUGUCGACGACAUUACCAUCAAUAUUUACAACCAAAAGAUAUUUGCCAAAGGUUUAGUCGCUUUUAAAUGUAAUGCAUUAGUGGAUAAAAGUAUAGCUUGUGUGUGAAACAAAUAAAUGUGCGAUGUCAGGUUCUAUGAUCAUUUCCGUCUUAAGUGUCUGGGCGGUUUUUUCACUCCCAUGCAGUAUGUAUACAUGAAGAAAUUAAGGGUUAUAAAAAACUUUGAACUUCUGUCAGUUACACCAGUAUUUACACAUGUAAAAAACAGUAAUGAAAAUUCUGGAUACUAUGCUGAUAUUAUUAUGCACAAGGAUGUACAAAAAACCGUCAAAUCAUUUUUAGAUUUAAGAGGCAACAGUUGGGCAUUUACAAAUAAUAAUUCGUUAAGUAGUAGUAUAUCAAUUCAGAAGCUACUGCGAACGCAUGGCGAAAAUUCGUCUUUUUUUGGCAAUACAAUAAGAACAGGAAAUCAUUUGAUGUCCGUUGUAAAGGUACAAAACAAACAAGUUACUGCUGCGGCUGUAGACUCAACAGCGUUUUACAACUAUAAAAAUAUUUUACAUAAUGAUAGUAAUGAUAUUUGUAUUCUUGACAGCAUCGGUCCUUUACCACCAUAUCCGAUUGUAUGCAACAAAAACUUGAAUAGUGAAUUGAAAUCGAAAAUUAUUGACGCAUUACUUCAUCAUACAUCUAAAAGAACGUGGGGAAAUCGCUUUAAAAAAUUUGGGUUGAUUAAAUUCACUGAAAAUUCUGAUUAUGCUUACGCGGAAAUGGAAUACAUUGAGCCACAAGACAAUCAAGGAUUGUGUUCUAUUUAUUAUUAAGAAUAGUACCAUAGCAUUAUAUUUGUUUAAAAACAUGUCAUAGUUUUUUACUUACGUUUCAUUUAUAAUAUGUCUGACUAAUAUUUAUUUAAAUUUUAUUAUUUUAUACGGAUAUUGAUUAUGGUCUACGUGAUCGUUUAUUAGAUAAGUUAAAUAUGUUGAACUAUUAUAAAAAUAAUUUUUUAUUCCGAUA